CUGGCUGCGGCUCCUCAGUCGGCGGCGGCUGCUGCUGCCUGUGGCCCGGGCGGCAGGGAGAAGCGGAGUGUUGGUGAGUGACGCGGCGGAGGUGUAGUUUGACGCGGUGUGUUACGUGGGGGAGAGAAUAAAACUCCAGCGAGAUCCGGGCCGCGAACGAAAGCAGUGACGGAGGAGCUUGUACCACCGAUGAGGAAAUUGAAACAAAAAGUUUGAUUUGUCCAGCGAACAUUUGGUGACAGAUCCAGCUUUCUACCAAGUGUUAGGUUCCCUUUCUCAACUACUUAUAGCAACAUUCAUUGUUUGUCUCAAAAUUGGGUGAAUAAUACUACAGAAUCACUUUGUGUUUUAUUUUUCAUAUUAAGAAGUUAAACUCCAAAGACCAUUAUAGCAAAAUGGUGACUAAAUGACCAUGGAAUCUGGAGCAGAGAACCAGCAGAGUGGAGAUGCAGCUGUAACAGAAGCUGAAAACCAGCAAAUGACAGUUCAAGCCCAGCCACAGAUUGCCACAUUAGCCCAGGUAUCUAUGCCAGCAGCGCAUGCAACAUCAUCUGCUCCCACCGUAACGUUAGUACAGCUACCCAAUGGGCAGACAGUUCAAGUCCAUGGAGUUAUUCAGGCGGCCCAGCCAUCAGUUAUUCAGUCUCCACAAGUCCAGACAGUUCAGUCUUCCUGUAAGGACUUAAAAAGACUUUUCUCCGGAACUCAGAUUUCAACUAUUGCAGAAAGCGAAGAUUCACAGGAGUCAGUGGAUAGUGUAACUGAUUCCCAAAAACGAAGAGAAAUUCUUUCAAGGAGGCCUUCCUACAGGAAAAUUUUGAACGACUUAUCUUCUGAUGCACCAGGAGUGCCAAGGAUUGAAGAAGAGAAAUCUGAAGAGGAGACUUCAGCACCUGCCAUCACCACUGUAACGGUGCCAACUCCGAUUUACCAAACUAGCAGUGGACAGUAUAUUGCCAUUACCCAGGGAGGAGCAAUACAACUGGCUAACAAUGGUACCGACGGGGUACAGGGCCUGCAAACGUUAACCAUGACCAACGCAGCCGCCACUCAGCCGGGCACGACCAUUCUGCAGUACGCGCAGACCACUGAUGGCCAGCAGAUCCUAGUGCCCAGCAACCAGGUCGUCGUUCAAGCUGCCUCGGGAGAUGUACAAACAUACCAGAUCCGCACAGCACCCACUAGCACCAUUGCCCCUGGAGUCGUUAUGGCAUCCUCCCCAGCACUUCCUACACAGCCUGCUGAAGAAGCAGCACGAAAGAGAGAGGUUCGCCUAAUGAAGAACAGGGAAGCAGCACGAGAGUGUCGUAGAAAGAAGAAAGAAUAUGUGAAAUGUUUAGAAAACAGAGUGGCAGUGCUUGAAAACCAAAACAAGACACUGAUUGAGGAGCUAAAAGCACUUAAGGACCUUUACUGCCACAAAUCAGAUUAAUUUGGAAUUUAAAUUUCACCGGUAAUGGUGGGAAAAGGACUGGCUUGGCCACAACCAGAAAGACAAAAUAAACAUUUUAUUUUCUAAACAUUUCUUUUUUUCUAUGCGCAAAACUGCCUGAAAGCAACUACAGAAUUUCAUUCAUUUGUGCUUUUGCAUUAAACUGUGAAUAUUCCAACACCUGCCUCCACUUCUCCCUCAAGAAAUUUUCAGCGCCAGGAAUCAUGAAGAGACUUCUGCAUUUCAUCCCCCACCCUCUUCAAGAAGUAAUCAUUUGUUUACUUGUAAAUUGAUGGGGGAAAUGAGGAAAAGAAAAUCUUUUUUUAAAUGAUUUCAAGGUUUGUGCUGAGCACCUUGAUUGCCUUAGGGACAGAAUUACCCCAGCCUCUUGAGCUGAAGUAAUGUGUGAGCCGCAUGCAUAAAGUAAGUAAGGUGCAAUGAAGACGUGUGAUUGCCAAAUUGACGUUUUCACAUUUUCAUUGUGGAUUAUGCAACAUUGUUAAAAGACAUACACCUUCUAAAACGGAAUUUUUGUGGUGUUGAAGAAAUUAGAAUGAAUUGGGAGUACUUUCUAUGUAUAUUGUCUUCAAUACUGAAAACUUGUCCUGGGUUCUUAAAAACACUGUAUUAACUACAGCUCCUCAAUAGGGCAGUUGUUGCUUCUUAGUUCAGUUCUGUAUGUGUUCAACAUUUUUGAAUACAUUAAAAGAAGUAACCAACUGAAUGAAAAAAGCAUGGUAUUUUAAUUUUAAAUUGAAGAAAAUGCAAGUACAAAGCUUGUUUUAAUUAGUACUAAAUUCUUAGUAAAAAAAAACGCUUUACUCAAACCAACCCUUUGAGUUAUAUAACAAGGUUUUUAAAUAAAUGUGUUUGUCAUCGCCUUCAAAAAUAUUUAUGUCACUCAUUUACUUAAGAAGAUAUUUCUAAUUAAACUGUUCCCAUUUGCACUUACAUUAUACCACCAACAGGAAAGCCUUCAAGAUGUUAAGUAAAGAAAGUGAUAUAUUUGUUUAUAAAAUGUUGUGUUGUAGAAAAAUACUUAUUUUAAAACUUUUCCAUAUUAACAUACACAGAGUAUCUCUAGUGAAUUUUUUAAUGAAAGAAAUUGUAAGGAUAUAGUUCUAACAAGUACAGUAUUAGAUGUGACAAGGAAAGUAAUUUUCUUCAGAUAUAUUUGAAUGACUGCUGUACUACAGUAUUUGAAUUAUCAUUCUUGAAAAACAUUGGUUUUGUUUUCUUCUAAAAAGGAGUUAUGCUUUAGCUUCCCAAUAUGCUGUAUAGCCUUUGUCAUUCUACAAAGGAGCUGCCUUUCUAACUCCUGACUAUAGCAGCCUGUGUUUGUGUGUAUCAUACAUUGUUUCCGGUACUGCUUUUAAUUAUUAUUCAUUUUAUUCACUAAGCCUGGUAAAUCUAAAAGUUGCCCUUUAAAAGAAAAAUAAGGUGGAUUUAAAAAAUUGGAGAUCGAUGUAAUGUUAGAUAUAAUUUCUCAUUUGAGAAGGUUAUUUCUUUUAGAAAGAUCUAGAAAAUUGUUUUAUAUUUAGUCGUGUUGUUUUUUAAAGUUUGAUGAUGUGUUAAAAUUUGCAGAUGGGUCUUAAUCAUUUGGUCCAUUUUGAAAAGUAAGAUUUUUAAUAUUUGUAAAUGGUUUAUUUUUGUUUGUAACAAACCAUUGUCUUUUUUCAAGGAUGAACAGAGUUUAUGAAGGAGCAUCAUUCUAAGAAUUGAGUGAUGUAGUGUAUUUGGACAAUUCACCAGAUUCUCAAGAAGGCUUUCAAACGACUGUAAAGUUUGAUGUUUGUCCUGCUGAGCUAAUGGGGAAAGUCAUAGUAUAAAAAUUAAUUUGUAUACCAGCACAGAUAUGUCAUUUUUCAAAACUGGUUUGAUAGAAACCAAGCAAAAUCACAAAUCUGUUCACCAACUAGAAUUUUUUAUUGAGUCAAAAUGUCAAAAGUGAACAUUCUGAAUGUCAUAAGCUUUAUAAAUGAAAAUUGCCUAGUAUUUACCAAGUUAUAUUCUCUAAAGUUAAACGUUUUUCAAAAGUUGGGGCUUUCUGUUUAAUUAGAAAGUUGGUGGUCUUCUUAGUCCCUGAUAAAUCAAGGUAAUCACUUCCAUACUAGCUGGUUGGAUUUAUAUGUUAUAAAGACCUGGUUCUUUGUACCUUGAGGAUGAUUGCACUGGUAUGAAGUCAGUUACUUAAUGGUGAGGUAAGAAAUGUAUUCUGUUGCGAUCUGUUUAUUUAGACUUUUGCAGAGACUUGAAUAUUUUGGUUUAUACAGAUAGAAAUCAUGCAUCUUUUGUGUAGACUUUUUUUAAAAAACAAGAAUUGGGGUAAAGGUGUUUGUUUUUAAGCAUGCAACUUUGAGAAUUUUUAUUAAGAAAAUGACAUAAUAAAAAAAAAAAAUCUUGUAGCCAAGAACAUAUGUGGCCACAUUACCAGUAGUAAAUUUUUUUUCUCUUCAUAUUGGCCAAAAGGGAAUGAAAAUGUCAUCAUAGGAAUCUGUACAUAUGCUACUGAUUUGCCUAGAAAAUAGUUUGGUAUCACUUUGCAAAUAUAGGGCCAUGUGGCACUUUUAUCUAUAGGACAGAUUAACUCUAAUAAAAUGAGUGGGAGUUUAUUUUUGAUAUAUUACUCUUAGGAGUUUUCAAGCUUUGAUAGUGUUUAACUGAAAAGCGGUUUAGAAAGGGCUAGAUCCAAUGUGUUCACAUUAUUAAAAAACCGAUAUCCGAUGUAAUUUUAAGUUCAUUCUUUUUCAAACUCAAGUACCAUAUUGGCAACCAUAAUACUGUCAUAGGUGCUCUGUUCAUUUAGAUAUUCUUGGGGGGAAUGGCAUUUGUAUAAUAUAUGUGUACAUAUAUAUAUAUAUAUAUAUAUACAUACAGUAUAUAAUCUGAAGCUCUGAGAGCUCUUAAGUCAGGAAUGCUGAGUAUUAUAGUAUAUUGAGGUCAAAUGAAAAUUUACAUUUUUGCGUGUUCUAUUGCAUCCCUUUGGUAGUUUCUUGGACUGCAUUACUCCAGCACUCAUGAUUGAUUUUUGUCUUCUAAUUUUCUUCCAAGCAUUUUUUUUUUUGUUAGUUUUCUUUGGCUUGAUACUUUUAAAUAUGUUACUAGUCACUUGAAAACUCCCCUCCACCCCCAAAGUAUUUGGUUUUUAUGCUUUGUCUCUGGCAGCUAUAACAGUGGUAAGACCAUUUUAAAGAUAGCUUCUGAAAGGCGCCACUGAUUUUUCAAAAAUCGUCCUAAGGGAGGAAUUCGGUGUUUUCAUUUAAGCAGGGAUUUUGUCAGAAAAUGUUUUAAUGGCAGGUCAGCAGCAGUGCUAGUAUCUGAAAGCACAAUACCAGCCAGGCAGGCUGUCCGAUCAGAAGUCAUCUGGCUGAAGUUCAUCUCUGUCUCUCAGGCCUAAUCCCUACUAUCAUUUUGACCAUUCGGGGUGACAUGUGGAAUCAUACAAAGGCUUAGGAAGAAACAGCAGUUUGUUUAAACCAGAUGCUUUUACUUACUUGAAGUGACUUCGAUCUAGAUUUCUUCUUUUCAUCUUUAAUGUUUUAAAUUUUGUGAGCAGCUACAGUCAGCAUAAGUUGGUCUCUUUAUUUUAAAGAUCAAAAAGGCUGCUUCAUUUUGCAGGAUUAAAUAAAGCUGAUAUCGUAAAGAGUUUGAAUUAAAGUGGGUUUUAGAAGGAGUGGUUAUACACCUUUUCAGUUAUUUUCAAGAGGCUUUAUUUAAUUGCCUUUGUAGCCCUGAAAACUGUUGGUAUAUUGUUUCCCAUUGAUUUUAAUACAAAAGUUGUAUAUUUAUUUGGAUUAUAUUUACAUUAUAUUCUUUGUAAAUGUUUGGUGUAACUUGCACUUUUAAAAAUGACCCAGUUUGGGUAUUAGCAACUUGAGAAAUUCCCUCAUCAGUUGUCAACCAACUUUUUAUGUCUUUCUCCUUUCUUCAAAUCAUGGGACUUUUUUAAUGAAAACUUUUCAUUGAUUAAAAUAUUUUAGCACCUAAAGGCUAGCUUUAUAGUUGUAAAAGAAAAAACACCAAGAAAUUAGAUUUGACUAGCCUGAUUAAUAAGAUGGGUCCGAACCCUUAUUAUUUUUCAUCAUGGAUAUAGAAAGAAAAGCAACUCAAGUGAAUAUUUAUUUCUAAUUUUAAAUGAGACUAUCCUCACUCCAACAUUAAUGCUGUCUGUAUGAUGCCAAGAUACCAAUUAUUGGCAUCAUGGAGACCACAUGUAAUCAUUUGACUAAAUUUAUUUAUUAAUUGGCUUUCUUAACGUCAAAGAAAUGCUGCCUAAAUCUGACUAAUUUCAGAUGAGGAGGGAGAAAGUGAAGUGUGCUUUAGUAAGCCGGUAGGUGAAGAGUUGUGGGAUAAAUUUGCUCACUCAGUUGUACAAAGCACAACUAGAACUUUUUGUUCGGUGGCUUACAUACAUCUUGAAUACUUUCAAUGUUGAUAUGUUGACUUUUUUAAGUUGACUGCACAGUCACUGUAUGUACUAGGAACUGGUUUCCUUGACUUUCUAGAAUCAAUGGCCAGGAAAGGCACUAAUCCCUGAGGAGUUGAACAUAUCAUGAAGCUGAGUCAGUAUGGAAGAAUUUCAAAUAAAUCAAACAGGGUGCUGAAGUUCCAUCUGUCUCAUAGGCUUAUGAUAGGUUCUUACUGAUUAGUGAAUGUAGCUUAAGCCUUUGUAUGUGUCCUCAGGGGGCAGACAAACUUUAAGAGGGACCAGGUAACAUUUGAGUGGAGGGAUUAUAUUUCAGGUGUUUUAGCUUGAAAUUUAUUUUUUAAAAAAAUAAAAAUAGAAAAAAAAUAGACAAAGCCUGUGAAGCAAAACUGAUAUUAUAAACAGGCAAAGUUUUUUAGCACAGAGAGAAAAUAUUGACCUGUCUGCAUUCUGGUACUGUGGGUGCAGGUCCUAGCAUGGUAUAUAACGUGACACAUUUUUAAUUCUCACCAGCAAGAAAAAGGAAAAUGAACAAUCUUCAGGAAAUGUCUUUGAAAAGGGUCAAACAGUAGGAAAUUCAAAUUUUACCUACUUUAUACUGGCAUUAUUUAAUACUUGCCUACAGAAGGAUAGCAUUUCUAAGCUUCUGUCUGAGGAGCACCUCAGAGGUGAAAGGAAAUCUGAGAGUUGAAAAAUUGGUAGGGAAGGAAGAAAAUCCCUGCAGAUAAUGAUCUUAUAUAGUUGGCCAAGUGAAAUGAUCUAUCAUUGUGUUUGGGAGGUUUUAUUUUCUUAUGUUUUUAAAAUUGAAUUGGUAAAUGCUUUAUAGACAUAUUUUUAUCCAAGUGCCACUCCAAUUUGUGUAUGUAAUAAAAUUAUUUAUAUUAAAAGUGGGAAAUAAUUUGUCAGCAUUUUUCUGAGUAUAGAUUUAUUAGGGGUGGCAGAGAAGAGUGCUAGUUAGCAGUUUUCCAUGUAAAUUGUCCCCGACUGAUUGUCCACAUGUCAGUUGUCAAUCCCACCCCAAAAAAGGAAUUAUUUCUAACCUAGAUGUAUCACUUGAAACUUUUAGAAACAAAUUAAUCAGGGAAGUUUCUAGAGAGAAAGGUGUUUGCUUUUUUUGGUUUUACCUUGAAGAUUAGAGUGACAAUACCUCCCCCCAAAACUAUCAGCACAAAACAGGGUAUUGAUUUUUAACUCUGAUGUUGCUAUUGGAGUUGAAUACUAAAUAAAGAACUAUAAUGAGGGAAAUACACUCUGAUAAAAUUCCCUACAUUCUAGAAACAUCCCUGUUUUGUUUUUACCCAAAACUUUUUGUGCUUUAUCUGUGUAAAGAGAAAAAAUGUACUGAGUUACAAUGCAUUUAAUUAACACUAUGUACAUACUAGCUUCUUUGUGUUCAGAAUGGUAGCAUUGCUUUGUAUAUUAAAGUGAUCCUUGUGGAUUUGUGGAAUAUUGUCAUAAAGUGCUUUUUCUUACUGUAAUCUUUGUGGUAUCAACUGUCAUAAUGCCCUUUUACACACAUUUAUGUGCAGUCACAUAAACAUGCUUUUAAAAAC